UUUCCUGCCUUUCUGCAAACGGGGUUAUAGCCACAAGGGACGAUCGAGCCACCACGUCUGCAACUGAGAGAGAGAGAGAGAGGGAGAGAGCGAGAGAGACAGAGAAUCAGUGGAUCGAAGAAAGAAACAAAGGAAGAACAAAACUGAAAAUGCCAAUAGUGCGCUGGUCCUUGGCGAUGUUGUCCAACCUGGUUUCGCUCUUUUUUUGUUAAUGCAAACUUGGCGUUGUUUUUUUUAUAGCGUUAAAUUGUGAUAUAAGGGAAUGUUACAAAACAAACAGUCGUGAUUAACGCAAACCCAUUUUAAUCUGUACUUUUAAAAAUUAUUUAUUACAUUCCACUUUUUUCCACGCUUGUUGGGAAACUUGUCUUUUACUGUUUCACACUGAGGAGAACGCUGCUUUUAGCGCUUCACCUCUUAUAAUAGUUUUUUGUUUUUGUUGAGUUUGUCAUGUUUUGACAAAAAGAGAACGCCACAGUAAGGUUACGGUGGACGUUAGAGAGGGGGAAGAAGAUUACAGAUUACACUUCUGCGGGAGGUGCGUACCAGGAAUGGGACCCAGGCUGCUUUUGCUCGCGCUGGCAUGCGGGCUCUGCGCGCGAGGAGCUACUACACGACAGGAGGUCAAACCAGAGGUGUGGCUACAGCAGUAUGGUUACCUGCCGCCAGGUGAUCUCCGUGCCCAGUCCCUCCGUGCUCCACACUCCAUCACCACGGCGAUUGCUGCCAUGCAGCGCUUCUAUGGCUUGACUGUUACCGGCUCCUUCAACCCAGAGACCGUAACGGCGAUGCAGAGGCCGCGAUGCGGCGUUCCGGACAAGUUUGGGGCGGAGCUGAAGAGCAACCUGCGGAGGAAACGCUACGCCAUCCAGGGGCUGAAGUGGGACAAAACGGAGAUCACUUUCUGUAUACAGAACUACACCCCCAAGGUGGGGGAGUACGAGACGUACCAGGCCAUCCGCCAGGCCUUUAAGGUGUGGGAGGGCGUGACCCCCCUGCGUUUCCGCGAGAUCCCCUACUACCUGAUCCGGGACAAGGUGGAGAGCUUCGCCGACAUCAUGCUCUUCUUCGGCGAGGGUUUCCACGGCGACAGCAGCCCCUUCGACGGGGAGGGGGGCUUCCUGGCGCACGCGUACUUCCCCGGCCAAGGCUUAGGGGGCGACACUCACUUCGACGCCGCAGAGCCCUGGACCGUUGGGAAUUCGGACUUGAGUGGCAACGACGUGUUCCUGGUGGCCGUUCACGAACUGGGCCACGCCCUGGGCCUGGAACAUUCGAACGACCCCUCCGCCAUCAUGGCUCCGUUCUACCAGUGGAUGGACACGGAGAACUUCGUCCUGCCCGCGGACGACCGGCAGGGCAUCCAGCAGAUUUACGGGUCAGGGUCCGGGCACCCCCAGCCACCCCCCCGCGUGACCCCAGACCCUCGUGACAACCCCCAACCCACGGACCCCCCCUAUAGGCCCGAGGGUCCCCCCUAUGGCCCGGACGUCUGUGAGGGCCACUUCGACACCAUCGCCAUCUUCAGGGGAGAGAUGUUCGUUUUCAAGGAUAAGUGGUUCUGGCGAGUGCGUAAUAGGCGCGUUUUGGACGGCUACCCCAUGCCCAUUGGACAUUUCUGGAGGGGCCUUCCUUCUUCCAUCAACGCUGCCUACGAGAGGGAUGAUGGGAAAUUUGUUUUCUUCAAGGGAGACAGGCAUUGGGUGUUCACUGAGUCGAUCCUGGAGCAGGGGUACCCCAAACCGCUGCGGGACCUGGGCAGUGGGCUCCCCAAAGACCGGCUGGAUGCGGCUCUCCUCUACACCCCCACUGGCAUGACCUACUUCUUCAGAGGGAACAAAUAUUACAGAUUUAAUGAGAAAACUCAGUCUGUGGACCCAGAGUACCCCAAACCCGUCAGUGUUUGGCAGGGUGUACCGGAGAACCUAAAAGCUGCAUUCAUGAGCAAGGAUGGAGGACACACCUACUUCUACAAGGCCAAUAAGUACUGGAAGUUCAACAACCAGCAGCUUCGGGUGGAGCCCGGCUACCCCAAAUCCGCGCUGCGCGAUUGGAUGAGCUGCCCGAACGAGGACUCCAAGACCGGAGGAGGGGACGGAGACGGGGGCAGAGGCGGAGGUGGAGAUGGGGGCAGAGGUGGAGACGACGGCAGGAGGAAAGAGGAAGAGACGGAGGUGAUCAUUAUCGAGGUGGAGGAGGAGGGCGGGGCCGGGGGUGGCGCCGGGGCGGCGGCCGUGGCGGUGCCCCUCAUGCUGCUGGUGUGCGUGAUCUGUGCCCUGGCGGCCGUCCUGUUCUUCCGCAGGUACGGCACGCCCAGACGCCUGCUCUACUGCCAGAGGUCCCUGCUCGACAAGGUGUAGAGAGAGAGAGAGAGAGAGAGGAAGAGAG